GCAUUGGCCUUAGAAAUCAGAUCAACAAGUGUUUAAAUGUAUCUUAAUUUAAAAUAAUUAACUACAAUUCUGAUCCUAAUAAAAUAAUUAACAAAUUGUCUGUGGAGUAUUCACCGCAUUCAAUUUAUUCGAAAUUUGUUUGUUACCUUAAUUAAAAAAUUUCGAUAUUUUUUUUUUUUUUUUCGCUUUUAAAGCAAAAUACAAAAAUUCGUGCCUUUUUAAAACACAAAGUAUCAUUAUGAUUUUAAAAUUAUAUAAAUCGCCCGGUUUGAAAGGCGACCACUUUAUAAAAAAAUUGAAAGCUGUUAAUAAAAUACUCAAUGAUGUUGAAAAUUUUGAAACUGAAUUAUGUUAUUACAUCGAAUCAAAAAAUGAUCUCAACAAUGAGGAAAUCAAUCUUUUGAAAUGGAUUUUGAGCUCACCUAUUGAAAAAGAAUUGUUGAGCGAGACAAGUGUUUUUAAAACUGAACAACAUGAAGGAAGUGUCUUGAUAGAAAUAGGACCAAGAUUGAGUUUUUCAACUCCAUUUUCAAGCAAUGCUGUGUCAAUUUGCAAAUCCGUACAUUUGCUAACAGUAUCGAGAAUUGAAGUCUCAAUUCGAUACUUAAUAAAUACUCGAACAGCUGUAAAUAAAUUAGCAGAACAAAACAUUGUAGAUGCUCUUCAUGAUCAAAUGACAGAAUGCCGUUAUUUAAAACCAAUAGAAACUUUCGAUCAUGGCUUUCGUCCUGAAAAGUGGUUUGAAGUUGAUGUAUUAAAUUGUGGUCGUAGUGCCUUAGAAGAUGUCAAUUCAAAAUUGGGUUUAGCAUUUGACAAUUGGGAUUUGGAAUUUUAUACUGAAUUGUUUCAAACAAAACUAAAGAGAAAUCCCACAAGCGUUGAAUGUUUCGAUUUGGCACAAUCAAAUAGUGAACACAGUCGACAUUGGUUUUUUAAAGGUGAAUUAAUUAUUGAUGGAAAGAAAAAAAAUGAAAGUCUUCUGGACAUGAUAAUUGAAACGCAAAAUACAUCAAAUCUUAACAAUGUCAUUAAAUUCAGUGACAAUAGUAGUGCUAUAGAAGGAUACGAUGUUGUUACUCUGUGUCCUGAAAAACCAGAUGCUCCGAGUAGUUUCUUUUUAAAAAAAUUAAAGCAACAUCUAAUUUUCACAGCAGAAACUCAUAAUUUUCCAACUGGAGUUGCACCGUUCAGUGGAGCUACGACAGGUACUGGUGGACGAUUAAGAGAUAUUCAAGGAAUAGGUCGAGGAGGUAACUUCAUUGCGGGAACUGCUGGGUAUUCUGUUGGAAACUUACAUAUUCCGGAUUACGAUUUACCAUGGGAGGAAUACGAUACCUAUCCAAGCAAUCUUGCUUCACCCCUUGAAAUCAUUGUGGAAGCCAGUAAUGGUGCUUCUGAUUAUGGAAACAAGUUUGGAGAACCUGUUAUUUCUGGAUUCGCAAGAACUUUUGGAAUGAAGAACUUAGGUGGAGAAAGACGCGAAUGGAUUAAACCAAUUAUGUUCAGCGGUGGAAUGGGAAGUAUGGACUCCAGUAUGACUAAAAAAUUGACACCAGAAAAAGGCAUGAAAGUUGUGAAAAUUGGUGGUCCUGUAUACAGGAUUGGAGUCGGCGGUGGUGCAGCAAGUUCUGUUGAGGUUCAAGGUGACAACGAAUCGGAUCUGGAUUUUGGUGCUGUACAACGAGGUGAUGCUGAAAUGGAACAAAAACUUAAUCGUGUUAUACGCGCUUGCGUGGAAAUGGGAGAAAAAAAUCCUAUUUUGAGUAUUCAUGAUCAAGGUGCUGGUGGCAAUGCUAAUGUUUUAAAGGAAAUCGUUGAACCUGCUGGAGCUGUAAUAUUCACCAAGAAAUUUAAUUUGGGUGAUCCUAGCUUAUCAACUUUAGAACUUUGGGGUGCAGAAUACCAAGAAAAUGAUGCUUUCCUUUGCAAAACUGAGGAUACAGAAUUAUUAAAACAAAUAGCAGAAAGAGAGAAGUGUCCAAUAAAUUUUGUUGGAACUGUAACUGGAAAUGGAAGAAUUAUUUUGUCCGAGGAAGAAGAUUGUGACGAGAGCAAAUAUUUAAAUGGCUCUACUAAAAAUGUUAAACAUCCAGUCGAUCUUGAUCUUGAAUUAGUCCUUGGAAAAAUGCCGAAAAAGACAUUCAAUCUAGAAAGAAAGUACCAACAGCUUAAUCCUUGCCUACUGCCUCAAGAUUUAACUGUGAGAGCAGCUUUAGAUAGAGUUUUGAGAUUACCUUCAGUGGCAAGUAAGCGUUAUUUAACCAAUAAAGUUGAUCGUUGCGUAACAGGAUUAAUUGCUCAACAACAAUGUGUUGGUCCUUUGCACACUCCUCUUGCUGAUGUUGCAGUGACAGCUGUAUCACAUUUUUCAUUGGUUGGCAUAGCAUCAGCAAUUGGUGAGCAACCUAUAAAAGGUUUGGUAAAUCCAGCGGCAGGUGCAAGAAUGUCAGUAGCAGAAUCUCUUACAAAUCUAAUGUUUGCACCCAUUUCAAAUUUAAAGGAUGUGAAAUGCAGUGGAAAUUGGAUGUGGGCCGCAAAACUACCUGGUGAGGGUGCAGCAUUAUAUGACGCAUGUUUGGCUAUGUGUACAAUAAUGAAAGAAUUAGGGAUUGCCAUUGACGGGGGAAAGGAUUCUUUAAGUAUGGCUGCUAGAAAUGGUAAAGAAAUAGUAAAAGCACCUGGAACUCUUGUUAUUUCGAGUUAUGCUCCUUGCCCAGACAUUACAAAGAUUGUUACACCCGAUUUGAAAAUGCCAUCAUUCAAGAAGGAGGGAAGCAUAAUUUUUGUAGAUUUAUCCAAUGGAAACAGUCGAAUAGGAGGAACAGCUGUAGCACAAGUUUUUAUGCAACUUGGUAAUGAGGCACCAGAUGUUAACAAUGCAUCUUUGUUGAAGAAUGCUUUUAAUGCGACUCAAAGUUUAUUAAAAGAUCGAAAAAUAUUAUCUGGACAUGAUAUAAGUGACGGAGGUUUGAUAACAUGUAUUUUAGAAAUGUGUUUUGCUGGCAUUUCUGGAGUUAAUAUUAAUAUUACUCAUAAAUUAGGAUCAUCAAUAGAAAUACUAUUUGCUGAAGAAAUAGGUUGGCUCCUUGAAGUUGAAAAGAAUGAGGCUGAUUAUGUUUUAGAAACGUUUAAGAAUGUUGAUGUUAAUGCCUAUUUGAUAGGAGAAUCUGUAAAUUACGGCUUAAACUCGAAGAUUGUGAUUGCAGUUAAUGAUCAAAAUGUACUGAAUAAUACAGUUCAUGAUUUGAUGGAAAUUUGGGAAGAAACCAGUUUCAAACUAGAAUGCCGUCAAACAAAUGAGGAUUGUGCAUUGCAAGAAUACACAGAAUUGAAAGAUAGACAUGCUCCUGUAUACAAUGUUACGUUUAAUUCUGACUUUACAUUGAAUUUGGAAAAUCCAACGCUACAUAAAAUCAAAGUUGCUGUAAUACGAGAAGAAGGCAUAAAUGGAGAUAGAGAAAUGGCUGCUUCAUUAUUGCAAGCUGGCUUUGAAGUAUGGGAUAUUACAAUGCAAGAUCUUUUACAAAAUCAUAUAACUUUGGAAAGUUUUAGGGGAAUUAUCUUCCCUGGUGGUUUCAGCUAUGCAGACGUUUUAGGGUCAGCGAAGGGAUGGGCAGCCAGUCUACUUUUUAAUUCAAAAUUACGAGAUCAGCUUAAGAUUUUUAGGCAACGCAAGAACACUUUCAGUUUCGGUGUUUGCAAUGGUUGUCAAUUAAUGAGUUUAUUAGGCUUCUUUGACGAAUCAGAAGAAGGUAAACCAGGAAUAUUCCUUGAUCAAAAUAAAUCCGAAAGAUUUGAAUGUCGAUGGAGCACUGUUAAAAUCGAAAAAUCAACUUCAAUUAUGCUGAAGGAUAUGGAGGGAACACAGUUUGGAAUUUGGGUAGCUCAUGGAGAAGGAAGAUUUACAUUCCGAGAUGAUGCAAUUUUAAACAAACUUAAAAAGAACAGUUGUCUUCCAAUUAAAUACGUUGACGAGGAAGGAAAACCCACUGAAAGAUAUCCAUUAAAUCCUAAUGGUAGUAUAGACGGAAUUGCUGCUGUAUGCUCAGUUGACGGAAGACAUUUGGCAAUGAUGCCUCAUCCGGAAAGAUGUACUUUAUCAUGGCAAUUACCAUGGGUUUCGGCAGAUUGGAAUUCUAAAUACUCUCCAUGGCAUAAAAUUUUUGUAAAUGCAUACGAAUGGUGUACAUCUUAAUAAUUGACCGUAAAUUUUUUACAAAAAUGUAAUAAAUUUAAAAAUUGUAAAAUGAUUUAUAAUUUUGUUAAAAUAAAGGAUAUGUCUAAAAUUUUAAAA